AUGGACUCCCAGUUUCGGGUGUCAAGCUUUUUACCUAUCAACACAGACUGUGCGCCGGAACACGUCUCCAACCGUCACCAGAAACGACGAUCAAGUGCUCCAGAAACGGUGUCUGAUGACGAAGAAGAUGCAAGCGUCUACGAUCAAGAUGACGACUCGACGCCUCCAACAUUUUGGCGUGCAAGUGCAAACGCAGUGGAAGCAACGGACCUAGCAGAACAUGUGACUUUUCAAGACGCGAUCAAUGGUCCUGAUCAAGCUCACUGGCGAAAUGCUGUGAAGGCGGAACUCAAGUCGAUGCAUCUUCGUGGAGUUUUCCGUGCGGCAAAACUGCCAAGAGGCCAAGGCGCGAUCGGCACCAAGUGGGUGUUCAAGAUCAAGCGCAAAGCGGAUGGAUCGGUCGAGAAAUACAAGGCGCGUCUCGUUGCCAAGGGCUUCAAGCAGAAGUACGGCAUCGACUACACAGAGACGUUCUCGCCCGUGGUCAAGUACGUGACACUGCGUAUGUUGAUCGCGAUCACCAAGUAUUUCGACUGGCCACUGGCCCAACUCGAUGUGGUGACAGCCUUUCUCUACGGAGUGAUGAAGGAGAAGGUGUACUGCGUGAUACCAGAAGGCGUCGAGAUGGAUGGCGACUUCGACUGUCUCGAGUUGGUGAAGGUGAUCUACGGUCUCAAGCAAGCUUCACGUGUGUGGAACGAGACUUUCGACGAGUUCGUAUGCUCUAUCGGUUUCGAAGUGUCGGCCUCGCUCGAGUUGAUUGCGCAGACGAAGGCCGACCUCAAGACGCGUUUCAAGAUGACCGAUAGUGGCAAGUGUACUUUUGUACUGGGCAUCGAGCUGGUGGACGAAUCGGAUGGCAGCGUGACGAUGUGCCAGCGACGGCAUGUCAACGACAUCCUCAAGCGCUUCGGCAUGGAUGAGUGCAAGGCCACAGCAAGUCCGGUCGACUUGAGCACUCGGCUUGUCGCAAGCAGCGAAGCGGCCAAGAUCGACGUUCCGUUUCGUGAAGCUGUGGGAGCUUUGAUGCACUUCACGACUGCGACGCGCCCGGACAUUGCGCAUGCUGUGGGGUACGUCUCGCGCUUCAUGGAGAAUCCGCAACAAGAACAUUGGACGGCGGUGAAGCGCAUCUUUCGUUACUUGCAAGGGACCAAGUCGCACGGACUCCGCUUCCAGCCAAGCGACAAGAUCGACUUUCGUGGCUACUCGGACGCGGACUGGGCCGGCGACCACGCUGAUCGCAAGUCGACUUCGGGUUACACUUUCAUGCUGAUGGGUGCUCCUGUGAGUUGGGGAAGCAAGAAGCAGUCAAGUGUGUCGCUGUUGACGAGUGAAGCGGAAUACAUCGCACUGAGUCUGGCCAUCCAGGAAGGCAAGUGGGUGCAUUGCCUGCUAUGCGAGAUUUUGGCGGCCGCAAACGAACCAGGACCGGACCUCGUCAUCCGUGAAAACAACCAGUCGUGCAUCAAGAUGACGAAGAAUCCGGUGAAUCAUGGCCGCGCCAAGCACAUCGACAUCAAGUACCAACACAUCCGUGAUGAGGUCAAGCACGGUGAAGUGCAGCUCAAGUAUUGCGAGACUUCCGUGAUGAUAGCGGACAUCAUGACCAAUGGACUUUCGGUACCUCGCCACAAGGACUUGAAGACGGCUCUCGGCAUUCGUGCGAGUUCGGAUUGA